CACUGAGCUUUUCGCUUUGUUUCCUCCAAAAACCCUACUUUGUGAAAGACAAAUCGAAAAUGGAAGGAGCAUCGUACCAGCGAUUCCCGAAGAUCAAAAUCCGGGAGAUGAAAGACGAUUACCUCAAGUUUGAGCUGCGGGACACUGACUCCUCCAUGGCCAAUGCCUUGCGUCGCGUCAUGAUUGCGGAGGUCCCGAACAUCGCCAUCGACCUGGUCGAAAUCGAGGUCAACUCCUCUGUUCUCAACGACGAGUUUAUCGCUCACCGUCUCGGCCUAUCCCUCUCACCAGCGAACGGGCCAUGUCCAUGCGAUUCUCGCAUGAUUGCGACGCAUGCGACGGUGACGGCCAAUGCGAGUUCUGCUCUGUUGAGUUCCAUCUGCGGGCCAAAUGCAUGACUGAUCAGACGCUUGAUGUCACGAGCAAGGAUCUGUAUAGUUCGGAUCAUACUGUGGUUCCCGUCGAUUUCACGGAGUCGGCUGGGGGAAUAAUAAUUGUUAAGUUACACCGUGGACAAGAAUUGAGGCCAGAAAAGGUAUUGGGAAAGACCAUGCAAAAUGGUCACCUGCUGCAACUGUGACCUUCAUGUAUGAACCUGAGAUCUAUAUAAAUGAAGAUAUGAUGGAAACAUUGACACUUGAAGAGAAAACAAGUUUGGUUGAGAGUAGUCCUACCAAAGUCUUUGACAUUGAUCCUAAUACCCAACAGAUGGAUGGAUCAAUUUGAGAGAGAGAUACAUGUUUGGAUGUGGGUGUGUCUCAUUGAUAUUGGCUGAUUCAUAAAUCAUAAUCUGUUUUGCUAAAACAAAAAAGAAAAAAAAAAAUUCAUAAUUUGCCAGUUGUAGAAUUGUCUGCCUAGUAUCUGGUAACAUGAUAUUGCAUAAAGUAUUUUAUGUAUAUUCAUGAUGGCUUGCAUGUUUAAACCUUAUAUCUAGGGGAUAUUAAUGAACAUUAUGAAGUUAAAUAUUCAAAUAUUUUAUUUAGAAUUCUAGGCUAAUGAAUUUACUGUAGUCAGAAAUAUGAUAUGUAUUAUUAAAGUUGUAGCGGUUGU